AUGCUCUCCUCCACCCUAAUAACCGCCCUCCUCAUCGCUUCCACAACCGCCAACUCGAUCCUCACCUGCACCACAACCCCAAACCCAACAUGCGCAAAUCCCAUAGACGAAAUAACACACAUCUCCCCGACCUUCGUCGUCGCAAAACUGCCAUGUCUGGAUUGUCCGACUGUAAACCGUAAAGGGCCGGAUACACACCAUGAAAUCACACAUGAAGAGAACGCCCUCUUCCUCAACCUCACACUCACCCCCCGUGCCCUCCUCCUAAACUCCAUCCCCAUCUACCCACCCCUCAGUCUCCCACCCCCACGUAUCUACAUAGGCCAAAUCCCACCCCCCUUCACAAACAAAGAUCUAGCCACCUCAAUCGCCUGUAAAACGUCCUGCGCAGAUGAACAUAACUGCUGGUGCAUCGAACCGAGUUUGGGCGCUUACGGCGUGAGUUACUCCUACACCGCGCUCUCCACCUCCGACAACAAAUGGACCAUCGUAUUCGAUAUCAUAGGAGGAUUGAAUGGGUAUCAAGACGACCCAUACAUCGAAUUCACCAAACCCGGGCAAAAAGUCCUGGUCCUCGAAAUAACCGACACAUCCGGCACGAUCGAACUACUUGACAUCAAGCUCGUCGAACGCGUCACCAAACUCCCACCCUCAAAGACGUCCUCCGUCUGGCUCAAGAUCGUUCGGUUCUUUGGAUUCAAAGACGAGGCGGUUAGGGGACCGGGUCAUUUGGUUGUUGAUGUGCGGGAGUGGGAGGAUGGGGUUAGAGUGGGCACGUUGUGGUAUUUUGUUGGGCGUGCUAUGGAUUAUUGGCUGCCUGUUGUGAUUGUGAUUAGUGUGUUUUUGGGAUUGGUGGGGUUGUGGGUUUUGUCUUUGGGUGUGAGGAGGGUUUAUAGGUGGGAGGGGGGUGGGAGGGGGGUGGUGAGGAAGAAGGGACGGGAGGAGGGGGUGGAGGGAGAGGGCUUGUUGGGGUGGGUUGAGGGGAGGGAUGGGUGGGAGUUGUAG